CUCCUCCCUCAUACUCUUCAGAAAUGGCCGAUUCAGUAGCGUCGACAGUUUCAGCUGCAGUUGACGCGGUUGCGGAUAAACUUGGUGCAUCGACUUUAGCUUCACAAUCAACUGAACAGCCCUCUUUCAAAACUGACGCACCGGAGAUCAAGCCUGCCGAUCCAGCUCAAGCACAUGCGCAGGUCGUUACUCCCUGGGAUGUCCAGGGAUCUGUAUCUAGCGACGGAAAGCAGCUUGCGAUCGACUACGACAAACUCAUUGAUCAAUUCGGCACAAGAAGGAUUGAUCGGGCCUUGCUCGACCGCUUCGAAAAGCUGACGGGUCACAAACCACACGUCCUUCUCCGUCGAGGAACCUUCUUUUCGCAUCGUGAAUUCGACAAAAUCUUAGAUCGCUAUGAGCAGGGCAAGCCAUUCUAUCUCUACACCGGCCGAGGCCCGAGUAGUGACAGUAUGCAUCUGGGGCACAUGAUCCCUUUCGUUUUCACAAAAUGGUUGCAGGAUGUCUUCGACGUUCCAUUGGUCGUGCAGCUUACAGAUGACGAGAAAUUCCUGUUCAAACAUGAAUUGAAGCCUGAGCAGACGCACAAAUUUGCCUUCCAGAACGCACGCGACAUCAUUGCCGUCGGAUUCAAUCUCGAAAAGACCUUCAUCUUCAGUGACUACGACUACGUUGGAGGGGCCUUCUACCGAAAUAUCUCUAAGAUCUCCCGCCAGAUCACGAUUAAUCAAGCCAAGGCUACAUUCGGCUUCAACGACUCGGAUAACAUCGGGAAAAUCCAUUUCGCAGCCAUUCAAUCCGCCCCAGCCUUCUCCAAUUCCUUCCCUCACAUCUUUGGCGAUGCCUCCAACAUCCCCUGUCUUAUUCCUUGCGCCAUCGACCAAGACCCGUACUUCCGUCUCACCCGCGACGUUGCUCAGAAACUCAAAUACCAGAAACCCACACUCCUUCACGCCAAAUUCUUCCCGGCCCUUCAAGGCCCACAGACCAAGAUGAGCGCCUCAGAUGCCAACAGCAGUAUCUUUAUGUCCGAUACUCCGUCGCAGAUCAAGAACAAGAUUAAUAAGCAUGGAUUCAGCGGUGGCCAGGAGACUGAGGAGGAGCAUAGAAGGUUGGGAGGCAAUCCAGACGUGGAUGUGAGCUAUCAGUACUUGGGUUUCUUCUUGGACGAUGAUGAGGAGCUCAAGAAGCUCGGAGAGGACUACCGGAAGGGCGAGCUGUUGACUGGCCAGCUGAAAGGCAAAUGUAUCAAACUACUUCAAGACUUCGUGAAAGAUUUCCAAGACCGAAAAGCCAAGGUCACCGACGACCAGGUCCGUGCCUUCAUGAGCGCUGACAGGAAGAUCGAACCGACUUUCGGCAAGCGGCCGGAUGCUCCAGCGGCUUAGUGACUACUGUUACCAAUUCUUACAAGAAUCCCCAGACCCGGCGUGAGGCGAAGGUUGGACGCGGUAGAGAAGUACGAAUAUGAUGUUGUAUUGUUAUCUUUGCAAUAUACUCUCGGGACCAAAAUCCUGGGGCAUUCUAACGGGUGUGAGGUCGU